UGUGUAGAAACGGCUCUUUCCGUGCAAUAACUUCACUCCUGCUUGUCCGUGGAACAAAGCGUGACCCUUUGCAAAGCAGCAGUCCCUUCGACCUGGCGCUUUGAGUGCGUGCGUGCAUGCUCCCCUCCCCCUCCUUUUUUCCAAGCCGCACGCAGUGUUCAGAGCUCAAGCUAUGCAAAUAAUCAAACAGGAGCAUCCAGUCCCUCCUCCCCGCCCACCCCGCUUGGGUGGGAUUGGCAAGGCAGGGAGAAAGAGCAAAAGGAAAGAGGAGGAGGAGCCCGGCUUGGAAUGAGGCCCCGGACUCUGUGUGUGUGUGCGUGCGUGAGAGAAGAGCGAGCUUGCAAAGAAAAAAAAGGAGGGGAAGGCGAGCCCUUUUGUCGCUGGCAAAGCUCCUCCCCAGAUCGUGCAGCUGCCCGGCCAAGGGCUUUUCAGGAAGCGGUACUUAAAACGGCUCCAGAGGAACAUGUGAGAAGCGGCCGCAACGGUGAUCGGAAGGGCUUGGAGGAGUAGGUGUUGUUGUGGAGCUGGCUGGGAAUUGCCACCUCCGGCCGGAAUGGAUGCUUUGUCACGUACAGGAAGGGUGAAAGCAAGAAAGGCUGGCCGAGCCUGAUGUGCGCCGCCGUCGCUUGCAGAUCGGGCUGAGUUCGGGAACGACAAAAAGCCCGGAGCUUUUGCUCUCGCCUCCGCCUUCUUUCUCUUCGAAGCCUUUCCUUUUUUCCCAUCUGUCGAGCUCGCUCCGAAGACGAGGCAACCUUUCUCGGGCUUCGCUUCGCAUUGUUUGACCCUCUGCUGGUGUCGGCGGGCCGCGCAGCGGAGACGGGAAGCGAAGCGUUCGUCGUUGCAGCAACAACUGCGGACGUUGGUAACUUCUCUCGAGGUCUCUUGCAGCACUGGGAAUUCCGUCAUUGUGACUUGGAAGGCGGCUUGGGGGGCGGUUGAAGGAGAAUCCAAAGCUGAUGGAAGCAGAACUGGGACCUUCCUGUGCAGUUCAGCCAGCCUGCUGCCAGGAAAUGGCACACUCCGCUCCUUCUCAGGUCUUUGCUGCGCCGAUGAGGCUGUCCGAAAAGAUCCCUCUGGUCAAGCCUUGCUUUAAGAAAAAGCAGCAAGUACAGAAGAGGCUGGAUACGGAGGCACUGAGGGCACUGCGCCCCAUUUUCACCAGCUUGCUUGGGGCUGGUCCCUUGGAUGGGAUCUUUGUGCCCAGGGGACAGAACAGUGGCCAUGGGAACUUGUGUGAACCUGUUGCAAAGAAGGACUUGGGGAUUGCGGCUCCCUGCCCACAGCCAGAUCCCAGCAUAGCGGUGUUGGUGCCGAGAGCGCCAGAUGCUCAGGGACAAAUGUCCGACCGGCCUCUGGAACAGGAGGCCCAGCCUGGGGAGCAGGGCUUCCCUUCCAUUACCUCUCCUGCUAAUGAGCCAUUCCAGGACCGCUCCUUGCAUGCUGCCUCCAACGAUGCUUCUGCCUUCCUUUCAUCCCCUGACAAGAUACUUGAAGGGUAUCCUCCUGGGGUGCUGCAGGACAGCAGGAGCUGCAUGGUCCAGUGUAACUUGAACCCCACUGAGAAGCUGGGAGCUGGGCUUUUCCAGAACAAAAGCGAAGAGGCUUCUCUUGACCUUGUGUUUGAGCUCUUGAACCAGCUGCAGUAUCACACGCACCAGAAGGAUGGGGUUGACAUCUGUGUGGAUUUUCUACAAGGGGUGUGCAUCUACGGCAGCGAUUGCCCCAACCAUCACACGGUCCUGCCAUAUCACUGGCAGGUCAGGAGGACUGCCACUCAGCUGUGGCAGAGUGUGACCACUGACUCACAGGAGCAUCUGGAAAGACUGUACUGCAAUCCUGACAACGACAAGGUCAAAGUAAGAUAUAGAGGUCAUGAGUUUUUAGUAGACUUGAAUUCUUUGACUCUGUAUGAUACAACUGAAUUUGACCAGUUGAGGAGGCUGUCUACGCCUGUGUGUACCACUGCCAACUCCAACUACUACACAAUCUGGAAAUAUUUCUGCAGGGAUCAUUUUGGCUGGAGAGAAUAUUCAGAGCCUGUUGUGCGGUUGAUAGAAGAAGCCAACUGCCGGGGGCUGGCAGAGGUCCGAUUUGUUACUUGGCAUAAUCGUUAUAUCUUGAACAUAAAAGAUGGCUUCCAGCAAAAUGCAUGCGUUCGAAGAGAAAUCAAGAAGAGACCUUUCUUCCGCUCCUGUGUGAUCCUCAUGCCAUACUUGCAGACUCUUGGGGGCAGCCCUACAGUACCUGUGGUACCAGCAACUGAAUCAAUCACCUCACAAGUGUUAUCCCCAACUGCUGUUACCUCUCCAAACUUCUAUCCUGAAACUUGGAUUAACAUGGAUUCAGCUCAGGACUUCAUUCAAGUGCCUGUUUCAAAGGAAGACAAAAGCUACAGAACCAUUUAUAACCUCUUUCAUAAGACUGUGCCAGAGACCAAAUACAGAAUUUUGAAAAUACUGCGAGUUCAAAACCAGUUUUUGUGGGAGAAAUAUAAGAGGAAAAAGGAAUACAUGUCCAAAAAAAUGACAGGACUUGAUAGGAUUAUGAACGAAAGACACUUGUUCCAUGGCACCUCCCAGGAUGUUGUUGAUGGGAUCUGCAAGCAUAAUUUUGACCCUCGGGUCUGUGGGAAACACGCCACCAUGUUCGGGCAAGGCAGCUACUUUGCCCGGAAAGCAAGCUACUCGCAUAACUUCUCCAAGCGGUCACCCAAAGGGAUUCAUUAUAUGUUUCUGGCUAAAGUACUGACAGGCAGAUAUACAGUGGGUAACCACACCAUGAGGAGGCCUCCACCCGUGAAUCCCAGCAGCAUCACCAGUGACCUGUAUGAUUCCUGUGUGGACAACUACUUUGAGCCUCAGAUCUUUGUCAUUUUUAACGAUGACCAGAGCUAUCCCUAUUUUGUUAUCCAGUAUGAAGAAGUUAGUAACACCGUUGUGAUCUGAAAAACAAAAUGAUUUCCUGUUGAUUUGUUGUAACAACUUUUUAAACCUGAUAUUUGUAGAAUGGACCCUUUUGUUGGGGAGAGGAAUAAAAUUGUGGAACUUUUAAUAAAAAUUCGGGGGGGGGGGCUGUGAGGGUUUUUUAAAAAAAAACAUUUUUAAACUCCUGAAAAGACCAAUUGUGCACUUGCUAUAUUCUGUGUAAACUGUAACUAUUUUCCAUUGUUUAUAGUUGAGGGAAAAAACUGUGCCUUUUGUUAUAAACACUAUUUAUGUUAGUAAACUCAGUGUUUUAAAAAAAA